AUGGUUCGUUACGCUGCCACUCCAUCAAACCCAGCCAAAUCAGCUUCAGCUCGUGGUUCAUACUUAAGAGUUUCAUUUAAAAACACUAGAGAAACAGCACAAGCCAUUAAUGGUUGGAAAUUAACUAAAGCUCAACAAUAUUUAGAUCAAGUUUUAGAUCAUCAAAGAGCUAUUCCAUUCAGAAGAUUCAACCAUUCUAUUGGUAGAACCGGUCAAGGUAAAGAAUUUGGUGUUACCAAAGCUAGAUGGCCAGCAAAAUCAGUCAACUUUAUCAAAGAUUUAUUAAGAAAUGCUCAAUCAAAUGCUGAAGCUAAAGGAUUAGAUGUUGAAAAAUUAGCUAUUUCUCACAUUCAAGUAAACCAAGCUCCAAAACAAAGAAGAAGAACAUACAGAGCUCAUGGUAGAAUAAAUGCUUAUCAAUCAAGUCCAUCACAUAUUGAAUUAACUUUAACUGAAGAAGAUGAAAUUGUUGAAAAAGCUACUGAUAAAAAAGUUACAAGAUUAAAUAAUAGACAAAGAGGUAGAUUAGUUGGUCAAAAAAAAUUAACCGCUUCAGCUUAA